AUGAACCCAAGCAAGCGGGCAGCAAAGCAAAUCCCAAAUGCAGCAGACGGGACGUGCGAAUGGAUAUACUCACAGCCCAUAUUCAGGAAUUUCCUCGUCAACACAUUCCCCGACAACUAUCUCCCGCUUUUCGUCAUAACCGCGGAGCCCUGGUGUGGGAAAACGGUGCUGGCGCGCUUCCUUGUUAAAACUCUGCCUAACAGAAUUGCGGCGGAAUCGAAGAUCUACCACCAUUUUUUCGGAAACGACGAUGACGACAGGUUCUUGAAUGUCAUACAGCAGAUAGAACGCGAGCUCAAGCAGCGAGCAGACGAGGCUGUCAAGCCUCGGGGAGAAGUUAUCUGCAUACUCGAUGCUUUGGAUGAAUGUAAAGACAAGCGUGUCGAUAUCAAAAGACUAGAGGUAAUUAAAUCGGCCCACCAGUCACCGAAUCGCAUAUGUCUCAAGGUCAUAGCGAUAGCUAGGGAUGACUGGUAUAAUCGCUGGUAUAAUUCAAACUGCGAUAUGAUUCCCCGUCUACCGGAUAACGAGCAGAUCCCACCAGAAGUUGUCCGGAUGGAAUUCGCGAACGACUUCAGCAUGGUCGUCGGUGACCGAAUCGAGCGUCUCGGCAUCCACGGCCAUCUCGACCAGAUUCAGCAAGAUCUCCAGCUUGACGGGACCACCGAAAGCCCCUACCUGUGGGCUAACGUUGUCUUCGACGUUCUCGGCGAGCUGCACGGGAGCAACUUCGAGGCCAUGGGGUGGGGGCGUAGAAUUGCUUCAUCCAAAGAACAUUACACAAUCUAUAAGAAAAUGCUGAAGCCUUUCGCAGGAAACGGGCUGCACACGCCGCAGUUAAAGGGUCACGAGCAUCCCUUAUAUGAGACUGUGAGGAAAUUGCUCCUCGAACACCUGCAGACCCUCCUGGGGGUUGAGUCACCGAAACUGAGGUUUCGCUGGCACCCAGACGGAGCACAGAGAGAAAUAUCAAAACAUGCUGUGAGUGUGGACGGGCCGACGUUGGCUGUCGUCGGGAACAAGCUCUACGCCGUGUGGCGCGCCCACGACGAUCGCGUUUCUCUGUGGUGGGCCCGCAUAGACAAGUUGAAUGGAGAAUGGUCGAAGCCCGAGCAAAUCGGAGGUGCUAAAACCGAUGCGCGGCCGUCUAUUGCUCCUAUGGGCAACAAGCUUUUUGCACUGUGGAAAGAUUCGAGCGGAGAAAAGCUGGUAUACUCAAUACUGGACUGCAGCGCCGAAAGGCCUGCAUGGGAUCCGCCUGUACACACCAAGUUUGGAAGCAGAACCGGACCCGCGGUAACGUCGUUGGGUAAAGAUAAGGUCGCUGCGGUGUGGAGUUGUACUCGGGGCGAUGAGCUCCUGUGGCGUGCUGAGUAUGAUAGUAGUUCGCCCGAGGAACAUGGGCGCUGGACUUCACAGUAUCCUGAUUAUAUCGAUAUUGAUACCGAAUCGCGUCCUGCGCUAGUAUCCUGUCGUGAGCGGCGCUAUCUGGCAUGGAGAAGCUGCGCUGCCGAGACCAAAGGAGAGAUAUUUGUGUCACUCCGCAACCCAGGCUCUGAUGUCUCCGAAGCGCCGUUGUCAGUCCAGCGGCAUUGCCACAGCAACGCGGCGCCAUCCUUAGCCAGAUACAAGGACAAGGUCUACGUGGGGUGGAGGGGGAAAGGUAAUGAUUUUGGUAUAUGGCUCACCUCCCUGGAUCGUAGCGAGAAAACUGCCCAUUUCGACCUUCCGCAGCGACUAGAUGUCUCGCUAACAGAUAGUACCCCGGCACUGGUCGAGUGGGGGGAUAAAUUCGUACUUGCUUGGAAAGGGGGGUGGGAUAAUGACACCCGUUUAUGGUGGGGAUACGGGACUUUUUAUCGAGAAAUCAUUACCUUUUUCUAA